AUAGUGUUUACUCUUGGUAAUUAUAAAAUAUCAAAUAAUAAAAUGGGCUCUCAAUUAGAAAAGCCAUCUUAGAAAUAUCCAUAACUUAAUGAUCAAUAAAAGAUAAAUUUAUCUUAAUAAAAUAAGGAUAAUCCUGACAAAUCUAAUUCUAAAACUCCUAGCUAAUAUAAUUCUAUUAAUGAUGAGAAAGAAAAAUAUAAAAAAGAGUUUUUAAUAUAAAAUAAUUUUCUUGAUAGUAGAUAUGAAAAGGAUCAAAUUCUUAAAGGAAAUUAAAGUUAAAUAUCCUAGAUUAUUCCAAUAGCCAGAGAUCAUAAAAAACUUUAGUAGAGCCUUAAUCCUAGAUAAACAUAGAUUUUUUAAAAUCUACUUUUAAAACUUAAAGAAAAUUAUUAUUCCGAUUCAUUUUAAUUUAUAGGCGCUGGAAGUUUUUCAAUGGUCUAUUCUGCAAAAAAGAUAAAAAAUAACCAAAAUAUAGCUCUUAGAAUAUAAGAAGUUCACGAUUAGGAUUAGGAUGAUUUUAAUAAUUAUAUUUCUAUUUGCAAGUAGAUUCAAAUGCCUCUUAUAGCUGAGUUAUAUGAUGUGUAUUACAUAGAUAUAGAAAAGAGUAAAUUUGCUAUCUUUGAACUUGAAUUAGCUUAAUGCGAUUUAAAUUAGCUGCUUAAAGGAUAAGAAUAAAAUGGAUAAUUAAAUGAGGAAGAUAAAAUGAUAAUUGCAAAAUAGUUGAUUGAAGUUAUAAAUUAUGUUCAUAACUUCAAUAUUAUUUUGAGAGAUAUAAAACCUAGUAAAAUUGGAUUAAAAUUGAGUGAUAGCAAUUAGAUAUCAAUAAAACUAUUUAUCUCUUACUGGACUAUAAGAUUAAAAGAUGGAUCAAAUGCUAUAAAAACAAAAUAACCAGUAGGAGCAUUGGUGUUUUCAGCCCCUGAAAACAAUAAAGAAAAUUAAGAUGAUUUUGUUUAUUCUAAAGAAUCAGAUAUAUUCUCUCUUGGAGCCACUUUAUGUGUGUUAGACAAUUAUGAGAUUUUAAAAAAUAAACUUCGAUAAUUAGUUUUAUCAUCGUUAGAACCUCAUUUCAAAUAACCUUUUGAAAAAUUAUAAAUAAACAGAUAGUCUUAGAUAUAUAAAUUCAUAGAAUAAUUUUGCAAAUAUGAAAUAAAAUAGAGAAAGCCUCUAUAAAGUAUCAUAGAUUAAAAUCAAAAAGAGUUAUUAUCAAAUAAGGAGCAAAUAUAAAAAGAUUUGUAAAAAAAAUAACUGUUUCUAUAUAAUUCUGGAUGUAAACUACUAUAAAGCAUUACAUAAUAUGGCUUAGAAGUUGAAUUAAAUUAUGGACAAGACUGCAAAGAAUUUUUUUCUCUACAUGAAGAUGAAAAAUCUAACGGAUAAGUUAAUAUAUUAUCUAAUAAAGAAAUUAAUGAUAAGAUUAAGAGGCACUGCGAAAUAAUGAAUCCUCACAUAUCUAAAUUUGAAUAGGAAGAUAUUAGCUUUACAUAUGAUUACUUCCUCUAUUAUAAAACUGUCCAUUAAGAUUCUAAAAAGGUGGAAUUGCUGGAGUAAUAAACGCAACAAAUAAUAAAUACAAUUUAUAAAAAAGUAAACUCUCUUGAUCUAACCAAACCUAUCUAACAAUAAAAACCUGAAGAUUAGUUCAAUAUUUUAAAGGGAGUUUUAUUUACUUACUUUAGAAAUGCAGGUCAUUAAGUUUAACUAAGUAAUGAACAAGGCAGUGAAGAAGAUUUGGUUAGCUUCUAUUAAUCCCUUACUUUUUUGACAGGCUAAUUAAACAAUUCUUAAUAUUAUGAAUUGACUAUUCCAGAUACUGAUGAAUUAAAUUAUGAAAAUAUUACAUCCGAUUACACUUAUUUAAAAUAAUUUAUUUAAAAAUUUAUAACUGCAGCUUCUAAAGCUUAUUAAGUACCAGAGACAAGUAUACAAAUACUAAAUAUAAAAAAGGGAUCAGUUAAACUUCAUUACUUUAUCCAACAAAGUGUAAAUAUUUCCUAUGAUUAAAUUUUAUAAUAACUUUAAAAAAUAUUUUAAAACCUUACAAUUGAAUUAAAAUCUAAUAUAUCUAACACUGUAAUUAAAGAUUCAUAUUUUAAUUCUGAAUUCAAUUUUUAUUGGGAUAAAAGACAUGAAAAAAUCAAAGAUUAUCGAGGUUCUUUAACUAAAAAAAAUAAAAAAGAAGAUCCAAAAAUAUAUUAUUUUCCAUUGGACUAUUUAGGUUUUGCUAUUAAUGUAUAGAAAUUUAUUUAAGAUAACUCUGAAUGGUUGAGUAAGGGACCAAAAGCAUGGAUUGUCCUCUAUCAUGGAACAGAUCUCAAAGGAUAUUAAUGUAUUCCUGAAUCAUAUAUCAAACCUGGCAAUAGAAAUGCUUAUGGAAAUUAUAAAUGUAGGUUAACAGGCGAAUUUAUUAAAGAAGGAAGCUAGGCUAAUACUUAUCUAUCAGACCUAGCUACUUUAGGUAAAUAUAAGGCAACUUUUAAAGACACAGCAGAAAAUUACUGCACACCAAUUGAGUUUUGUAAUAAAUAAUAUAAAUUGAUAUUUUAAUGCAGAGUAAAUCCAAAAUAUGUAAAGAGUCCUAAAGAUAGAGUACACUAUUUUACUGUUGAAGCUUAGUAUGCAUAGGAAAAUAUAAGACCUUACAGAAUUUUAUUGAAAGAACAUAUAUAAUGA